AUGAUGUGGUCCUCUUUACUACUGCUGCCGCUCGCAGUACCUCUCGCACUGUCGACGCCACUACUCGAGACUCGCCAAUCACUCCUCGUCCACGUGCCUUUCAACACUCCGAACGGCGCAUCCGAUGUCGUUCCUCACAACUACGCCGCGCUGGCCAUGAGCCAGCAUUCAUUUCAUGAAUACGCCGGCAACAAAGCCUCACCCAACAUCUUCUCCCGCAACCUCAUCAACUCCAUCUCCUCAAGACAAGGCGCUCCCGUGGCAAUCCGCGUCGGCGGCACAUCCGGCGACUUUUCCGUCUUCUUACCUAACCAACGGGAGGCUCUCACUCUCCCACCUGGCGCGGAACCUGGAGGUAUCCCUAGAGGGAUGCGCAUUGGAACUGCCUGGUUCGAGGGAUUUAGCGUCCUCCCCAACGUUCGAUGGACGUACAUGGCCCAUCUCGCCAACGAUUCCAACGGACAGCUCGCCAAUUCCGUCGCCGCUGUACGCGAAGCUCUCAAGAACAUUCCCUGGGGCACCCUGGAUGCUCUGGAAAUUGGCAACGAGGUCAACUUCUAUCCCAAUGUCAACCGUCCCGGUAGCUACUCCCCAUCGUCCUACCUCUCCGACUUCCAUCGAUACCGCACCGCCAUCGACAACGCCGUUGGUCCUCAGCCCUAUCAAGCUCCCGUUCUGUAUGAAAACAACUGCCCCUGGUGCUUAGCCAACAUCUUCAACCUGGGUCAAGGUCGCGACCCACCCAUCAAAUCCGCCGCUCCUCAUCACUACAUGGAUGGCGGACCUCAACCCAUGUCCCGUCAAGCCGCUUACAUGAACCACACCCGCAUCGCGCGCAAACUGGAUGCUUUCAAAGCUCCCAUCGCCUGGCUCAAAGCCAACCGCCCCAAUAUUCCGCUCCACCUCGCCGAGGUCAACUCGAACACCUACUCCCAAGGUAAUGAAGAAAAGAUCGGCGUCUUCGGCAGCGCUCUGUGGCUCGUCGACUACAUGCUCUACGGCGCCACCCUCGGCAUCAAACGCAUGAAUGUCCAGCAAUCCACCGGCUUCGCCUACACCUCCUGGCGCGCCGUCGAGUACUUUGGCAAACCCGCCGCCGUCCUGCCGCCAUACUACGCCCACCCCUUCGUCGCGGACGUCAUCGGUAACUCUGGCAACGUUCGCAUCCACGACCUCAAACUCGGUCUCGACCUCCUCUCCGCGUACGCCGUCUACGACACAUCUUCCAACACCGUCUCCAAAAUCGUCCUCAUCAACCUCCACGACUGGUCUCCUUCAUCAUCCUCUUCCUCCCGUCCCUCGCGCUCCGUCUCCUUCAAGCUCGGCGGCUCCAGCUACGGCAGCACCGUCCGGAUCGAGAAACUCACUGCUCCUGGCGCGGACGUCCAGGACGCGAGCCGCAUUUCCUGGAAAGGACAGAGCUGGACGCGCGCGAGCAAUGGCUUGCCGGUUUCCGGCACCAGCACGACGCAAGCAACGAGGGCGAAUAAUGGACGGUUCGCCGUGAAUAUUCGCGCGAGCGAGGCGUUAUUGUUGACGCUGACUUGA